AAAUGAACAACAAUUAGGCCAGCUUUUUAAUGGGUCCGGCUCAAAUCAGUUGGCAUCGGAUUUUCGUCUGGAGAGGUUCAAUGGUGACAGGGUUCAAUCAAUAAAGUUUAAAAUGCAGAAAACCGUGGUAAAUGAUCUCCCAGAAGAGCCGAGUAUCAACGUGAAAAGAUUCCCCCGCGAGCUUCUCUAUCUCUGUGCGAUUCUCCUGAUGCUGGUGGCCCUGGUAGCCGGAUAUUCCCUGUGGAUGAUGACCCAAUCCACGAGUGCUACGUACAAAGGUUUGCACAUAUUAGAUCGCAGCGAAUGGCAGGGGGAACCACCGAGUGGAAAGUACCCGCACCUAAAGCUGCCCGUAUCCAAUGUGAUUAUCCACCACACGGCAACCGAAGGAUGCGAACGGGAGGACGUUUGCAUAUACCGCAUGCAGGUCAUCCAGGCAUUCCACAUGAAAUCCUUGGGCUGGGUCGACAUUGGCUAUAACUUCCUGGUGGGCGGCGAUGGUCAGAUCUACGUGGGUCGCGGCUGGUACAUCCAGGGUCAGCACGUCAGGGGAUAUGGCGCCAUAUCGAUCAGCAUCGCCUUCAUCGGAACCUUUGUGAAUAUGGAGCCACCGGCUCGUCAAAUUGAAGCGGCCAAGCGACUGAUGGACGAGGGUGUACGACUGCAUAGGUUACAACCGGAUUAUCACAUCUACGCCCAUCGCCAGGUUAGUCCCACCGAGAGUCCUGGCCAGAAACUAUUCGAGCUGAUGAAGCACUGGUCCCGCUUUACGCCCGAUGUAACUUCAUUGCGCCUCCUAAGCAAUUCCAGCUUGAAGUUCGUUACCCGACCAUACUGGCUAGCCCAGCCACCCACAGUGGCACUCAAUCCACUUCAACUGCCCGUUCAGAGCGUGAGAUUCGUGGCCACCAAUACUCAAACGUGCUCCACCCAAGCGGAGUGCAUUUUUCGAGUACGCUUGCUGCAAAGUCUUCACAUCGAGAGCAUUGGAUAUAAGGAUAUUAACUAUAAUUUCGUGGCGGCUGGAGACGGCAACAUCUACGAGGCCAGGGGUUGGGAUCACAGCUGCGAAUCCUCGAAAGAUGCAGAUGAGCAUCAGGUUGCCAAAGAACUUGUCGUGGCCUUUAUGGGCCCUUCAGGUAGCAAUAAAAAGCUAGCCCUAGAACUAAUACAACAGGGCAUUAAACUGGGGCACAUAAGUAAGGAUUAUAGACUAAUAGACGACUCAGAAGAAUCUUAGAAAACCGGAAGCAGAGGGAAGAAGCUUUAAGCAGUACCAUCCCUGUGCCAUCUUUCAAAGUGAUACUAGUUUAAGAACUAUAAACAACUUCGAACACAUCUCAUAUCGAAUACUUCACAAUUUAAGCAGCAUUUGUAGAAAUAAACAUGCCUUUAUUGAGUUUCAA